AUGACAUGGCGAAGUAUUAAAGGUCCAUCAUCGUUUCUUCUGAAAACGGUGGUUACAGAAGCAUCCAUCCUCACUAUUAAUAAAAGAUCUCCGCAGGGUAGAGUGCUGUUGCUAGACGGAAUCCUCCGCACUCUGAACGAGGACGGAGCGUAUGCAGAGGGAUACGCGGACGAUCUCGCGAUCAACACCGUGAAAGAGCAACGCAACGGAACUAGGCCCCGCUGCUCCGGUGGAGCCCUCUCCUGUUCGAGUUUUGAGGUUUUUAGAUUCAAAACCGAAGACUUAAGGGAUCGAUCAUACCGAAGAUUGAGGAUAGAAGAUUAUCGUACAGGAUUUCGACCCAAGACACUGGAAGCUGAAGACACUCAAGUAACUCAAAACAUCCAAGAUACUCAAGACAACCAAGACACCCAAGACACCCAAGACACCCAAGACACCCAAGACACCCAAGACACCCAAGACACCCAAGACACCCAAGACACCCAAGACACCCAAGACACUCAAGACACUCCACACACUCCAGGCAUCCAAGACACCCAUGACAGCCAUGACAACCAUGACACCCAUGACACCCAAGACACCCUAAAUACCCCAGACACACAAGACACGCAAGACACUCAAGACACUCAAGACAUCCAAGACACCCAAGGCACCCAAGACACUCUCAAGACGCUCAAGACUCCCAAGACGCCCAAGACGCUCAAGACACCCAAGACGCCCAAGACACCAAAGACACCCAAGACACUCAAGACACCCACAACAUUCUCAAGACGCUCAAGACACGCACAAGACUCCAAAGACGCCCAAGACGCUCAAGAUGCUCAAGACAUCCCAGACAACCUAGACACCCCAGACACCCUAGACACCCCCGACACCCAAGACACCGAAGACGACCAAGACACCCAAGACACCCAAGACAACGAAGACACCCAAGACACUCAAGACACCCACAACAUUCUCAAGACGCUCAAGACGCUCGACGCUCAAGACACCCAAGACACCCAAGACACUCUCAAGACACACCCCCGACACCCAAGACACCGAAGACGACCAAGACACCCAAGACACCCAAGACACUCUCAGGACGCUCAAGACUCCCAAGACGCCCAAAGCGCUCAAGACGCUCAAGACACCCAAGACACCCAAGACAACCAAGACAACCAAGACGCUCUAGACGCUCAAGACGCUCAAGACACCCAAGACACCCAAGACAACGAAGACACCCAAGACAACGAAGACACCCAAGACACUCAAGACACCCACAACAUUCUCAAGACGCCCAAGACGCUAAAGACGCUCGACGCUCAAGACACCCAAGACACCCAAGACACUCUCAAGACACACCCAAGACACUCUCAAGACGCACAAGACUCCAAAGACGCCCAAGAAGCUCAAGAUGCUCAAGACACCCUAGACACCCCAGACAUCCUAGACACCCCCGACACCCAAGACACCCAAGACACCCAAGACACUCUCAAGACACUCAAGACUCCCAAGACGCCCAAGACGCUCAAGACACCCAAGACGUCCAAGACACCCAAGACACCCAAGACACUCUCAAGACGCACAAGACUCCAAAGACGCCCAAGAAGCUCAAGAUGCUCAAGACACCCAAGACACCCCAGACAUCCUAGACACCCAAGACACCGAAGACGACCAAGACAUCCAAGACACCCAAGACGCCCAAGACACCCAAGACACUCUCAAGACGCUCAAGACUCCCAAGACGCCCAAGACGCUCAAGACACCCAAGACGUCCAAGACACCCAAGACACCCAAGACACUCUCAAGACGCUCAAGACUCACAAGACGCUCAAGACGCUCAAGACGACCAAGACACCCAAGACACCCAAGACAUCCAAGACACCCAAGACACCCAAAACUCUCAAGACUCCCAAGACGCCAAAGACGCCCAAGACGCCUAAGACGCUCAAGGCGCUCAAGACGCUCAAGUCGCUCAAGACACUCAAGACACUGGAAAGCACUGGAAGACUGUGGAAAACACUGGAAGACAGUGGAAAGCAAUGGAAGACACUGGAAGAUACUGGAAGACUGUGGAAAACACUGGAAGACACUGGAAGAUAUUGA